AUGGAUCCUGCGAAUGAUUAUGGCAGAGAAGGAAUUAAACGCGGUCGCGAAAAAGGCCGAAGACGGAAAAACGAAGAGAACCGAGCGCGGUUAUCCAGUGAGGAUAUCUGGAAAAUAUUGAAGAGUUCUGCUGCCGUAUACAGCGACUUAGUAUGGGGCAAUCUAUGGUAA